AUGAAUAGUUCGGACAACGAAAACGCCGUACGUGGAGGCUUGGGGCCGGAACGGGAGGUUGACUCCAUUGCGCUCGAUGACAUUCAAUCUGAUAGCGGCGGAGUAAUCGAUGACGCGUCAGUGGUGCAUUCCGGUCACUAUGUGAUUGACGCUCGAAGAGUCCCUUACAUCCUAGUCAUUCGGCCUCCGCGUGAUCAUCUAUCGCAACCGCACCACGGGAACUGGGAAAAGAAGAAGUUGGUGGUCCGAUGGCUACACCGCGUUUGCUUUAACCAGCCCAUAUCGGCUCUGGAGUACGACUUAUUCGAAAGAGUUCGAGAUCUCAACCACCACGGUCCAGGGAUUUUUGAGAUGCUGCUUAUGACCGAGGUUGGCAGUGUAUGCGAUCGUCAUAGCGUAACGCGGCUGGUGGACACCCUGGAGAACAAUGAGCGGGUCAUAGGUGCUUCUGGCCAAGGCAUGGUCGAAAAUAGCUCCCAGAAUUGGCUGACAUGGACCCAAGACUAUGAGCACCACCUGUCUUUGCAGUUCACCAAUGCGUUUGAGUCCACAACGGGGGCGGUGCAGUGCCUCCCUAGUCGAUUUUCGCUUGUCAGGAUCAAGGUCAAGUUAGUCGAGUACGCUAUCCCCGUAUUAGUCCAUCCAGACGUGGUAUCAUCGUACGUUGACCAUAGGACGCAUACCCUACACGACCGCAGCCUGGUCCUGGACGGUGGCGAGGAUCGAUAUCUGACAGGCCUCUUGCACAGCGCCUUCCCUGACCGCCGAAUCGUGUACCAACCUUAUGCCACCUAUGGCUUCACUGUCACAGCUGACCUCUCCGCUUACCUCCUGCAGCAGCGGUUGCUCUUGACCAGCUCCUUCCAUACCUAUUGGGUCCAGAUGUGGUCACCACGCCUUCGGGGCGUCUUUUGCUGCUCGAUUAACUGUCUGGCGAUGAAGAAAUGGCUGAAGUUGGUCUUAGGGCCAGCGAUGGCUAUCCUGACGUGUGCAACCUUGGUGAUCGUGGUAAUUGGAGCUGUGACGAAUGUGGGCGCGCUCUAUUCUCUACCGACGGUUUUGGCGCUUGCGUUCAUGCUCUCAGCGACGCUACUACAGCCGAUUCUGGGCGUCUGCUUGGGACGCCGCACGAUUUUAAAGAACGUUGUUGGUUUCUGCAUGUAUAUGGUCACCCUGCCUUGUAAGAGCAUUGGUGUAGCCCUAUUGGCCUAUUGGCACCUCGAUGGUAAGUUUCUCUGA